UAAAAAUGUCCACCAUCCUAAAUGCGGCGUCCAAAGCGAAAUGGGACCGCACGGCCGUGGCUAAGCGAGCCGCGUUUCUCGCCGCCGCAGCCUACGGCGUCAAAACGCUCUACCCGGUCAUCUGCCGGCAGCUCCGGCAAAAACAAACCGACAGACGGUCUGAUAACGGGUCGGCGUGCUCGUUGAAAUGCCGCAUCGACGCUGCGGAUCCGUCAAAGGCCUCCCCGGGGGUCAACGCGGAAUUCUUCAAGCAGAUCCUGCGACUCGCCAAAAUCCUUUUCCCCGAGCUGCUGUCCAAGGAGCUGGCCCUGCUCUCCUUGCACUCCGUGGCCCUGGUCUCCAGGACGUUCCUGUCCAUCUACGUGGCCAGCUUGGACGGAAAGAUCGUGAAGACCAUCGUGGAGAAGCAGCCGAGGAGCUUCAUCAUCCAGCUCGUCAAAUGGCUCCUCAUCGCCAUCCCGGCCACGUUCGUCAACAGCGCCAUCCGCUUCUUGGAGUGCAAGCUGGCCCUGGCCUUCCGCACCCGCCUGGUCAACCAUGCCUACCGGACCUACUUCACGGACCAGACCUACUACAGAGUCAGCAACAUGGACGGGAGGCUGGCCAACCCGGACCAGUCCCUGACGGAGGACGUGCUCAUGUUCUCCCAGUCGGUCGCCCAUCUUUACUCCAACCUCACCAAGCCCAUCCUGGACGUGAUGCUGACCUCCUACACGCUCAUCCGGACUGCUCGGUCCAGGGGCGCCAACGCCAGCGGGCCCACGCUCCUGGCCGGCUUGGUGGUCUUCGCCACCGCCAAGGUCCUGCGGGCGUGUUCGCCUAAAUUCGGCAAGCUGGUGGCCGAGGAGGCGCACCGGAAGGGAUACCUGCGCUACGUGCACUCCAGGAUCAUCGCCAACGCCGAGGAAAUCGCCUUCUAUAGGGGACACAAGGUGGAGAUGCGCCAGCUCCAAAAGUGCUACCGCGCCCUGGCCGAGCAGAUGAGCCUGAUCCUCUCCAAGCGCCUGUGGUACAUCAUGAUCGAGCAGUUCCUCAUGAAGUACGUGUGGAGCGGCAGCGGCCUGGUCAUGGUGGCCGUGCCCAUCAUCACCGCCACCGGCUUCGCCGACAACGGUGAUGAAAAAAAAUAUCAUAUCUCGUUUGAAAAAACAAGGAAACAAAGAAGCUUACCGGUCUUUUUUUUUUUUUGGGGGGUUCCAGAAACGGCUGACGGUCACCCGCAUCGGAUGGUGAGCGAGAGGACGGAGGCGUUCACCACCGCCCGGAACCUUUUGGCAUCGGGAGCCGACGCCAUCGAGAGGAUCAUGUCCUCAUACAAAGAGGUCACAGAGCUGGCGGGCUACACCGCUCGAGUGCACAACAUGUUUGUCGUGUUCGAGGACGUCCAGAGGGGCGUCUACAAGCGCUCGUCGCUGGCCGCCGCCAACGGAGGGGAGAAGAAGAGCAAACCGGAGAUGCACAUCGACGGACCGCUGGAAAUUAAAGGUGAAGUGAUAGACGUGGACAACGGCAUCGUGUGCGAAAAUGUCCCAAUUAUAACGCCCAACGGGGACGUGGUGGUGUCCAGCCUGAACGUUAAGGUGGAAGAGGGCAUGCACCUCCUGAUCACGGGCCCCAACGGCUGCGGCAAAAGCUCCCUCUUCCGCAUCCUCAGCGGUUUGUGGCCCGUGUACGGCGGCCGCCUACACAAACCCUCCCCUCAGCAUAUGUUUUACAUCCCACAAAGGCCCUACAUGUCGAUGGGCUCCCUGCGGGACCAGGUCAUCUAUCCCGAUUCCCCGGAGGACAUGUCCGCCAGAGGCCUCGGCGACAAGGACCUGGAGGCCAUCUUGGACAUCGUCAACCUCAACCACAUUGUCACCAGGGAAGGAGGCUGGGAUGCGGAGCUGGACUGGAAGGAUGUCCUGUCCGGAGGCGAGAAGCAACGGAUGGGGAUGGCUCGCAUGUUCUACCACAAGCCUAAAUACGCCCUGUUGGACGAGUGCACCAGCGCCGUGAGCAUCGACGUGGAGGGCAAAAUUUUCCAGGCGGCAAAAGACGCCGGCAUCUCCCUGCUGUCCAUCACGCACAGGCCCUCGCUGUGGAAGUACCACACGCACUUGCUGCAGUUCGACGGCGAGGGCGGCUGGCGCUUCGAGCAGCUGGACACGGCCACUCGCCUCUCGCUCACCGAGGAGAAGCAGCGGCUGGAGAGCCAGCUGGCCGGCAUCCCCGAGAUGCAGCAGCGCCUCAACGAGCUCUGCAAGAUCCUGGGCGACGACUCGGUGCUCCGAACUGGCGACGGGUGACGCGGAGGGAGGAGACCCGGACCGGGUUUCGACCAUCUCCUCUCUCCCGGCCGCUCCAUUUAAAUUAUUAUUAUUUUUUUUUUUUUUACACGAGCAAAGUCGUUAUCUGAUCAAAAAGCUAGCCAAGAGGUUGGUCAACAUUUUAUUUUCAGGGACCCCUCAAAAUCAUAACAACAAUUCACGUGAGCCCCGAAAUGCAACAAGAAGUAGAUCUUCACAAGAACAAAGAUACAUUUUUGCGGGAGGAUUAAAAAGUUGUACAUAUCGUAAUUCCCGGCCUACAGAGCGCACCUGCUUAUAAGCCUCACCCAGUACAUAUUUGAAGAAAAUACUAUUUGGUACACACAUAGGCCGCAGCUGUGUAAAAGCCGCAAGUGCCCACAUUGAAACACGAGAUAUUUACAAAUAAAAACUGUACACAAGAGACUUUAACGCUAGAGGUGCCUUGCUAAUGCUAACGCUAGCGCCGCGUUAACAAGGCUGGUUCGCGUCAAGACUUGGGUACGCCUUCCGUACACCUUACAGAUGUGUCAAAGUACCGUAAUUCCCGGCCUAUAGAGCGCACCUGGUUAUAAGCCUCACCCAGUGCAUCUGUAAAGGAAAUAACAUUUGGUACAUACAUACGCCGCAGCUUUGUAAAAGCCGCAAGUGCCCACAUUGAAACACGAGAUAUUUACAAAGAAAGACAAUACACAGAGUUUAACACUCCACCGUGGUAACGCUACUGUGCUAACGUGAGCGUCCCUGCCCUAAUGCUAAUGGUAGCGUUGUAACGCCAGCGCAGCGCUAACUGGGCCAGACCGGUAAAAGUCACUUCCUCGGCAUAUAUUUUCCACCGGUCUCACUCUUACCUUUUCCGCUCGAGUGGCACCUUGCGGCCUUUAGAAAAAAAACGCAUAAAUUAGCCGCAUCACCGCAUAAACCGCAGGGUGGGAAAAAAGUCGCGGCUUGUAGGCCGGAAAUUACGGUAAUGAGAAUGAAGCGAUUUUUGCUAAGUCAACAUUCACAAGAAUGCAAAAUUCAGAAAAUUAGGCUUUAUUCUCAUAAUAUUUCGCCUUUUUGAAUCAUUAAUGAUGCACUUUGAUCCCAAAAAUAUGAAUUGGUUUCUGAUGUUUUAUCGCUGCCCCAUAUUUAGAUUUGCGCAUUUUAAAAAUAUGGUACAACCUUAUUUUAUGCGAACUUUGUUGACACCUUUGACUCGUUUGAGAAGCGCUGCUCAGAACAACAACAAAAAAAAUCACAUCUUAGAGUGAAGGUGACAUUUAGUUAUUUAAUUUUAACAUCGCACUUUACAUUUUUAUUUUAUAAAAAGUACACCAUUGUGUUUUAAGCAGUAGUUAUCACGCUGUACACUGGUAUGUGCCGAGCUGAUAUUUUUCCCUUUUAUUUUCGUCUUUCACUUCAUGCCUUUAUUUUUUUUUUCUUUCUUAUUCCCGCACACACGCAAAAAAAAAAACCAACAUUUAAAAUCUAUGAUUGGAGCGAUUAGUGACGCAGGUCCGACCUCUGAACUUUUUGGUCCAGGUCAUGUGACCGCCACUUGCAUAUUCUCCCCGGGGUUGAAGCUGAUUAUUUGAUGCCUUUUUUCAUUAUUUUAUUUUUGGAACAACAAUGUGGGGAUUAAUUUUUAAAAAAUUGUCCUCAAUAUAGGUCAAAAGCCACUUCUCAAGUUGUGGAAGUAGUUGCAAAAAAAUGGAUUCACGGAAAUGGUAAUAACAGUGUAUACUUUUGAAGUGUUUGACAAUGGGCGGGCACAUUAUGCCCUGCGCCCCUGCUGCAUUUAUUUUUUUUUAUUUAAAUCUGGCAGACUAAACGUUUACAUUAUUAAUUACACAUUAUGAUAAUUAUUCUAGUAAUAUGUAUUCAUUACAUACAUUUGUCUCACUGAAUUAUUAGUUGACUUCAUGCAGACAAAGUAAUAUAGUAUUUACAAUUAACUUAUUUUAUGUUAUGGGACAAUUGGUUAAUUAAUUUUAAAUACAAUUUUUAAAAAAUUAAAAUGUAUUUUUUUUUAAACUAAAAUUUUACUUUUUCAAUUUUUAAUUUUUUUUUAACCCAAUCUAGAGCUGAUUGACCCGCUGGUUGAGCACAAAAGUUUGUACACCCCUUUUCCAGACGGCUUCUGGUGCUGCUAUGCGACACAGAAUCAUCCCGUUUUAGCGGUUUUGAUGGACAAUCACAUGACAAAUUCAUUUUUUUUUUUUUUUUUAAACCUGUGAAUUAAAAAAAAAUGUAAAUGCUGCUCGUGAUAUGGGCUAAAAGUUUUGUUUCCCGCACAAUGUGACGUUGCGCCUUCGAAUCCCACCGUGGGCUCCUCGCGCCACUUUUGCAGCUUUUAUCCGUGUGAGUGGCUCAAAAGCGUCGCACGAGGUCUGGGGUCGCCAUGGCGACCAGAUUCCCAGAGUGAGACCCUGCUGACGGGAGGGCGAGCGUGCCUCCAAAUGACACAGAGUCUUGAGUUUUUGGAAACAACGAAUUUAAGUUAUUACAUGUUAUUACAGGAUAACGAAUACCCAACGAUGACUGAUUUUAAUCCUACCACUAUUUUUAAGGACGUGAUGUUUGAUUGCAUGCUCCUCGUUCUUUCUCCCUUUCAAAGACAAGUCAGGACAGAAUCCAGUUAGCUUCAUCCCCUUUUUUUUUUUUUUGUAAAAUGAAGUAUGAACAUUAUUGUUCCGAUUCCUAAAUAAAACAGAUUUUAUGUGUACAUGUUAACAGUGCAUGUGAUAAUUUAACGGAUUAUGGAAUCUGGAUCGUCCGGUCGUUUUACCUCCUGGUCCGGUCAUCUUGUGCAUGCUUUGGGAGUUUCUGCGUAUUUUCAUCUUUAAAUAAGCGUGGAGAUGUAUUUUCUUGGAAAUAAAACAAUUUAGUGCAAAUGACUCACGU